CCGGGCCGGUCCCUACUUCCUGUGCGCGUUUGGCCUGGGAGCAGAGCUGAGGCUGGCUGAGGUUUGCGGUUUCGGAGGCGGUGUAGUUCUAGCCGGGGAUUUUCUGUGUUUGGACGACGGAGAAAACGCCGCGACUCAUCCGCAACGGCAGGGAUUUACGGCAGCAUGGCGGGGUGGAGAGGUAGACCGGGCUUUCGGACGGUCCUUAACUUUUUAGCGUGUGUUCUCGGCGUCGUUUCGCCGUGUCUGGGCGCCGUGGGCCGCCACACGAUGGGCGAGUGUGUGGACAGGCAGGGUCGGGCUCAGCGCUGCAUGCCUGAGUUCGAGAAUGCAGCCUUCAACAAACUGGUUGUGGCCACCAACACUUGCGGGGACCCUCCGAUAGAGUACUGCCUGCAGACCGGCGUGACGGGAGUCACCAAGUCCUGCCACAUGUGCGACUCGGCUCGCCCUCGGCUCGCCCAUCCUCCCAGAUACCUCACCGACUUCAACAACGACGACAACACGACCUGGUGGCAGUCGGAAACCAUGCUGCAAGGAGUCCAGUAUCCCAACGAGGUCAACAUCACGCUCUCCCUAGGAAAAGCCUUUGACAUCACAUACGUCAGACUAAAGUUCCACACGAGUCGACCGGAGAGUUUCGCCAUCUACAAGCGGACGACAGAAGACGGGGAGUGGAUCCCGUACCAGUACUACAGCGGGUCCUGUAGAACAACCUUCCAGAAAGUCAACAGAGGAGUCAUCACCAACAGAGACGAGACAGAGGCCAUUUGUACAGACGAGUUUAGUGAUAUCUCCCCUCUGACUGGUGGAAACGUGGCCUUCAGUACGCUGGAGGGAAGACCAAGUGCCUACAACUUUGACAACAGCCUCAUUCUACAAGAUUUUGUUACAGCAACAGACAUCAGAAUUGUGCUGAACAGGAUCAACAGUUUUGGAGAUGAAGUUUUCAGGGACCCCAAAGUUCUUAAGUCGUACUACUAUGCAAUCUCCGAUUUUGCCGUGGGCGGAAGGUGUAAGUGUAACGGUCACGCUGCGUCGUGCGAGGCUAACGUGAACACCGGGGGCGAAGCACGGCUCAUCUGUGUGUGCGAGCACAACACGGGCGGCGUGGACUGCGACAGGUGCCUGCCCAUGUACAACGACAGACCGUGGGGAAGGGCAACGGCGUCGGAUUCUCACGAGUGUCAAGCCUGCAACUGUAAUAACCUGGCGGACAGCUGUGAGUUUGACUCGGACCUGUACAGACGGACAGGGCACGGCGGGCGCUGCAUCGGCUGCAGACAGAACACGGCUGGACCCAACUGUGAGCGCUGCCUGGAGUACUACUACAGGGCCCAGCAGACCGACCCCUGUCAGCCCUGCAACUGUAACCCUCUCGGAUCCAUCCAGCAGCAGUGCGACCCCCUGGGACGCUGCCAAUGUAAACCCGGGGUGGGAGGGGACAAGUGUGACCGCUGUCAGGACGGGCACUUCGGCCUGAGCGAGGCUGGCUGCAGACAAUGUUCCUGUGACAGUGCUGGUACCGUGAACAAUGCGGGUGCCUGUGACCAGGUGACAGGACAGUGUCAGUGCAAGCAGAAUGUGGAGGGACCUCGCUGUGACAGGUGUAAGCCUGGUUACUUCAACCUGGACUCCACCAACCCGUCUGGCUGUAUCUCCUGCUUCUGUUACGGCCACUCUGCCAAGUGUGCCGUGGCCUCUGGGUACGCUGCCUCUGUCAUCAGUACACCCUUCACCACAGAUACUCGACAAGUGAUAGACGACUUCGCCCAUGGUCAGCGUGGCUGGACUGGUGAGGACAGGUUUGGGAAUGAGAGGGAGAUCAGGUGGACACAGGUGGGGGAGAACCUGGGAGCUACAGCCGACAGCCAGGAGCCUGUCUACUUUGUCGCACCAGCUGAGUACCUUGGAAACCAGCGCUUGAGCUAUGGCCAGACUCUGACCUUCAAGCUUCGUGUUGACCCGGAGGACGUGCGCCUGUCAGCGGAGGACAUCGUGCUGGAAGGGAACGGAAUCCGACUCUCGGCAGCCAUGACUGCCCAACAGAACCCCGUCCCCAGGAGGGUCAACCAAGAUUACUCCUUCCGGCUACAUGAGGACCCAUCCCUGGGGUGGAACCAGAGGCUGUCCUCCUUUGAUUUCAACCGUCUCCUGAGUAACCUGACUUCCCUCAAGAUCCGGGGAACCUACACUGACAGAGGUCGUGGUUUCCUGGACGAUGUUCGGCUGAACACAGCGGUGAGGAGCGGGGCCCAGCCAGCUGCCACCUGGGUGGAGGUGUGCGAAUGUCCAGAGGGUCUGACUGGACAGUUCUGUGAACAGGUGGUGCCUGGGUACAAACAGGAGAACCCAGGACGUGGCCCCUUCUCCCCAGUAGAACCAUGCUUCUGUAACAGCCACUCUGCCACCUGCGACACUGUUACAGGUGAAUGUAGCUGUCAGCACAACACAGAAGGGAUCUACUGUGAGCGCUGUCUGAAGGGUUACUAUGGCGAUGCCACCCAGGGGACGCCCAACGACUGUCAGCCCUGCCCCUGCCCUAACCAGGCUCCCUGUGAUCUGGCUCCUAACGGGGAGGUGGUCUGUACCUCCUGUACUGAGGGCUACAUCGGUGACCGUUGUGAGAGAUGUAUGGAUGGUUACUAUGGUGACCCCAUCGGUCAGUACGGUCAGCCACGCCCCUGCCAGCGCUGCAUCUGUAGCGGCAACAUCGACGAGAACGCCGUCGGAAACUGCAACUCAAUCACCGGGGAGUGUCUGAAGUGCGUGUACUUCACGACGGGAACCGCCUGCGAACGCUGCCUCCCCGGGUACUACGGCGAUGCCACGUCCUUCCCCAAACCUCCAUGCAAACCAUGCAACUGUUACCAGUUUGGUACCCAGGUAGGAGGAGAGUGUGACCAGACCACCGGCCAGUGCCCCUGUCUCUCCAACGUGGUGGGCCUACAAUGUGACCGGUGUGUUGAUGGCUACUGGAACAUCAACAGUGGUUCAGGUUGUGAGCAGUGUGACUGUGACCAGACCGGCUCCCUGGACACCAGCUGUGAGCUGAACAGUGGUCAGUGCCAGUGUAAGCCUGGGGUGGGCGGCCGGAGGUGUGACAAGUGCCUCGCCAACCACUAUGGCUUCUCCUCUACUGGCUGCACUGCCUGUGACUGUGACCCUCGCGGCUCCCUGCGGCUCCAAUGUGAUGAGUUUGGGCGCUGCCCGUGCAGGGAGGGGGUCGUCGGAGACAAGUGUGAUGCUUGUAAGGAGAACUACUACGAUGUAGCUCGUGGUUGCAUUGAGUGCCCAGCCUGCUACGGCCUGGUUCAGGACAAAGUGGACGAGCACCGCGAGAAACUUCGCCAGCUGCGUGACCUGAUCAACAACGUCGGGGUGAACCCUGACCUCAUCAACGACCAGAAGUUUGAGGAGCGUCUGAAGCAGGUGGAGGAGCUGGCCAAGGACCUGCUGAACGAGGCCCGCAAGGCAGCUGGAGGCGCUGGCAUCAAUGCUGACUCCCUUCGCCAAGCCCUGGACGCUCUCCGUGGCAAGGUCAACGAGAUUGAGAAGGCCAAGAACAACGCCCAGGCCACCACCAAUGAUGCCAAGGUCAAGGUGCAGGAUGCCGACGAGACCAUCCGCCGGAUCCAGGACAAACUCCGGGAGGCAAACAACUACCUGGACAACGAGGGUAAACAAGCGCUGGAGGAAGCCAAACAGGCUGCUGCUAACUUCGGCCAGGGCUCCAGGGAGAUGCAGGAACUGGCAGAGCAGGCCAAGGAGCUGGCAAACGAUCAAACUGAGGAUGCCCAGGCUAUUGAAGACACAGCCAACCAGGCCCUGCAGACCUCCAAGGAUGCCCUGAAGGCUGUGAGGGAUGCUCUGGCUGGACAAGGGGACAUCGCCAACAAGAGAAUACCUGACCUGGAGAGGAAGCUGCAGGACGCAGAAGAGCAGCUGGACAAGGUGAACCGGGAGGCAGCUGAUGCUCUAGCCAAUGCCGAGGCCAGCGCCGCCCGCGCCACCAAGAUCCUGGCCAACUCUCAGGCCCGCCAACCCAACAUCGACGUGGAGGACCUGAAGCGACAGACGGCUGCCAUCAAGGACGAGGCGGAGAACUCUCUGAUCCCCGACAUCGCCAAGCUGGAGACAGACAACCAGCAGACCGUCAACGACAUCAACGAGAACUACGACGCUGCAGAACAGCUGCUGAAGGAUGCCCAGGACAAGCAGGAUGUUAUUGACCAGUUGCUGGCCCGUGCUGAUGCCGCUAACGACAAGGCUGAGCAGGCAGAGGAGAAGGGCAGGGAGACUCUGGGAGAGGCUCAGAAGACACUGGAGUACCUCAGCAACUUCGAGGCCAAGGUCCAGGAGAGUAAGGACAAGGCAGACGAGGCCCUGGGGAAGGAGGCUGAGAUCAGGAGGAUCAUCGACGAGGCCGUGGCCACCACUGACCAGGCCGAGGAAGCCCUGGGGUCAGCAGACAGCGACGCCAGGACCGCCAAGAAAACUGCAGAGCAGGCCAAACAGAUAGCCGAGGGGGCAGCCGCUGAUGCCAAGCAGGUGAAGGAGGAUGCCAACACGAUCUAUGCCCAGGCCGCUGCCCUCAACAACAACGCAGACGAACUGAAGGGAGACGUGGACAGCGCCGAGAACACCUUCAACCAGAAGAAGAGACAGGCAGAUGACGACGAGACAAGAGUCAAUGCUGCAAUGGCUGCUGCUAAUGAUGCCCAGAGGAAAGCAGACUUGGCCAUGGGCAAGGUGGAAGGUACACUGGACAGAGUCAACAAGAUCCUGGAUCAACUGGAUAACAUCGAGGCCCCGGAUACAGACAAACUGAAGGAACUACAGGACGAGUAUAACGACCUGAAGGCUCAACUGGACGCAUUACAGAUCAACCAACUCAUGCUCAACAUCAGACGACUCAUGACUGAUCAGGAGAAUACCGUUGGUAACUUUGACGCCGAGCUAGAAAACAUGAAGAGAGAAGUGGCCAACCUGGAGGAAAUCAGCCGCUCGCUUCCCGACGGCUGCUUCAAACAGCCUGGCCUGGAGGACACGUAAAGCCUCCAUCAGGGAAUAUUCCACUGGUGCUCAUAUCGGAGACAUGACGCAUUCUCUCAGUUUACCACUUCUUCCAGCCAUAACUGUUGUCUACACAAGGAACAUGUCUUUAUCUCCAUCCUGUCUUCCACCCGAGAAAUGCACAACUUGCCAAGGGAAUGCCUCAUGUCUUCUAUUGUAGCUGAAGGUCUAUUUAUCCUGAAGUAGAAGUGACUGGCACUAUGAGUCAGUCUGGGUCAGGUUUGCUGGGGAUAUCACUAGGAUUUACAUCAAACAACCAAUACAUCAUCUACAAUGUUAAGGUAUUUCAAAAUGUCUGAAAAGCCCAUCCUGAUGCAAACAGUACAGUGAAAACUCUUCUUCCUUAUUGAUGAGAAUGUCAGGAUUUCUUGAUUUCUCCUGAGUGAAGAGCUAAAGCCUAUCUGGUAUCUAUGACAUGUACAGUGAUAUUUCCCCCAAACCUUUCCAGCAGCCUACCACUAUGACAGACCCAUGCAGCAUGUUUUUGUUGUAUCAUAUGCAAACUGACAGCAUGGUACAGUAACAGAAACAAACAAAUCAAUGAACCUCAAAUCAACCUAGAAAUCCAUGCAGAAAGUAACCAAAUACUGACAAAAUCCUUGUUACAUACUUAAAGGAAAGCAAUGUAAUAGUUGAUUGAUACAAGAUGUAUCCACUUUGUUGAUCUGUUAUGCCUCCUUAUUUGGCAGGUGUGGCUUCCCAUAUUUGGUAGGGCUGCCAGACCUUAUUUUGAUAGUUAACCAAAUUGGUAUCUUUCUAUUCUAAAAGAGGAUAAACAUAUUCAUUUGAGAUCCUUAUUUCGAAUAGGACAAGCAGUUUUCUUCAGGGUUUAGAUAUUAUAUGCAGCAGUAUUCCUAUUCUUGAAACUAGGGUGGGAGGGGGGCAGCAUCUAGCAUCUUUGCGGAUGUACUUAUAGAAAUAAUCUCCUGGAAUUGAUAUCAUUCACGAGUCUUGAGAACAACCACGCAGAUCUGAUAUCCAUUCUUGUGGGAUGGGCUAAUCAUGUAAAUAUAUAAGAUGAGGUGGCAGCUAUCGCAUAGGUAGACUAGAACUUAACUUUGGACGACAUUAUUUUGGAUGAGUUUCUUUUAGUGUGUAUUUGGGAAUGUCUGCCACCUUCCUAUCCAGUAUAUAUAUCUUUAUAAGGUUAUAUGCAUUCAAGGGUGCUAGUAUUUAAUGGUAACCUGGCUCAGCAAUAAGGCUAAGAUCAUGACGCUGUAUGUAAAGGUGAACAUAGUGUUGUGCAGUGUAGUUGCCUCGCCAAGUGCCUAGACUUUAAACCAAGUGUAUCGCCACCACAUGGACUUACAUCAAAAGUAUUAGCUGCACUAGUAUUAUAAAUGUAGCCGUAGUUCUUGUCCAUAGCUGCCUAUUCUGUAGAGAGUGCCUGCAUAAGCACUGGUGCAGACUAUUUGCACCAUGUAUAUGCUAGCCACUGGAAUUUGGUGGGAGUUUGUAUGUAUAAUUUUUGAAUUUAGUCUUAUGUAUGGUACUGUUUUUAACCUACCCUUUUAGAUGUCAUUAACAUAUUAUUUCUGUUGCCUAUUUCUUACAAGAGGUGUUUUGUUUGACUGUGUUUUUAUCGAACAUUUUUUGACAAAGGAAGAGACAUAAGUUAUUUUGGUAUGUACUUCAUAUACUUCUCACAAUACUAAGUCAGGUCCGACCAUUUUGUUGCCAAGUCACAAUGUUACAUCACCACUGUUCUCUCUCUGAUGUAGUGUUGCAUAGACUAAAACUCUCCACAGAGGAACAUGCCAGUAAUUCUAACAUCCAAACCUUCAUUACACCAUUUCUUCACAACUUAUCCUAUCAAGAAACCUUCUACUUUUGAUUUGUGACAAUACAGUAUAUAUUGAAAAUUCUGAUCAAAGAGUGAUUGACAUAGUAUUUUAAGGAAGACCAUUGCCCUGUGGAGAGUCGUAUGUUUUGUUAACUCCAGAAAACCCAGUAGAAGCAGUAAAGAACAGAGAACUCCCUUAUCUUGGGGGAAGUGUGUACGGAGUUAGUUAUUAUACGUUUGAUAUUUUUCAUUGUACAUGACAUGGGGAAAUAAAUCUUGUAAAAUAUA